AUGUCAUCAGCGAAGCAGAGAUGGCGGCCGCCUGGUGACCCCGUGAAGGCUCCGGGGCACCCGGCCGGCGCUCGGGGUGGGCGUGGAGUCGCCUGCCGCUCUCGCCCCGGAGUCAGCGCCAGGGCGGCGGGGGCCACUCCGCCUCCUCGGUGGCCCCCAGUGGCCACAGCCGAGGCUCUUUUGACAUUCAGAGAUGUGGCCAUAGAAUUCUCUCAGAAGGAGUGGGACUGCCUGAACCAGACCCAGCGCUCGUUAUACAGAGAUGUGAUGCUAGAGAACUACAGGAACCUGGUUUUCUUGGCAAUGUCAUCUAAAGACACAGAGGGCCUUUUGCUAAAGAAGUACAUAGACGAUUCAUUCAAGAAUGUGAUGCUGAAACGAUAUAGAAGCUGUGACUUAGGAUAUUUAUUCUUCAGGACACACGGGGAAAAUAAGCCUGCAAGUGAAGGGCUGAGAGGAUGUGAUGAGGAACUUAAUCACUGUGUGAAAGGCAGACAGAGUCCAUUUUGGGAAGAAAGUUUAGACCAUGGGCAAGACUUUCACAGCAGAUCUGUCCAUAAAAUAGAACUUCAUAGAACACGGGUCCCACAGCACCGUUAUGAAUGUAGUAAGUGUGGGGAAGUCUUUGGACAUUGCUCAGAUCUCACUAUACAUCAGAGAAACCACACUGGAGAGCGGCCUCACAAACGUAAAAAAUGUGGCAAAGAUUGUGAUCAACUCUCAAAAUUGACUCAAGGUCAGGGAAUUGACACUGGGGAGAAAUCCACCAAAUGUCAAGACUGUGGGAAGGUCUUCCGAGAUUCGUCAUAUCUAAGGAGACAUAAGGUCAUUCAUUCUGGAGCAAGGCCCUACAAGUGUGGAGAAUGUGGCAAAACCUUUAAAUGGGCUACAAGCUUUAAACAGCAUCAGCAGAAUCACAGUGGUGAGAAGCCUUACAAAUGUAAAGAAUGCAGUAAAUCCUUCAGUUACUCCACAGGUCUGGCUGUGCAUUAUAGAACACAUACUGGAGAGAAGCCUUAUACAUGCCAACAAUGUGGCAGAUUUUUUAACCAGAAGGGAAACCUGGUUAUACAUCAGAAAAAUCAUUCUGGAGAGAAACCUCAUAUAUGUAAAGAAUGUGGGAAAGCUUUUAUCCGAUACACAGACCUUACUCGGCAUGAGAUGAUCCAUUCUGGAGAUAGACCUUACAAAUGUGAAGAAUGUGGAAAAGCCUUUAGCCGAUACUCAACCCUUAUUCCACAUCAGAGAAUUCAUUCCGGAGAGAAGCCUCACCAAUGCAAAAAAUGUGGCAAAGCCUUUAACUGGAAAUCAUACCUGACCCGACACGAGAGGUUUCAUUCUGAUCAGAACCCUCACAAGUGUGAGGAAUGUGGCAAGGCCUUCAAACAGUACUCAGAUCUUACUCGACAUCAGCGGAUUCAUUCUGGAGAGAAACCUUACAAACGUAAAGAAUGUGGCAAAGCCUUCACCCGGUGCUCAGGCCUAAAUCUGCAUCAGGCAAUUCAUUCUGGGAAGAAAGCUUAG